CCGCAGUUUCUCGAAAAGGCACAAGUGAGGUCAAUGACGAAUGCCUAGGUAACGUGCCAAAUUGCCAACCUACAAUAUAAGUACCAGUAUAGAAACUUAGCGCCCUGUUUUGUAAGGCAGCGUUACCACCGACAAGCAAGCCCCACCACAUCCGGUCGUGCCCCUCUAUCUAUCGCAAUCUUAAUAUUUAACCGCCACAAGCUUCUACUUAAUCGCACUGAAAACGAAACACCAGAAAGAAAAAAGAAAAAGAAAAUGACAGACGCCGAACCAGCCUUCGUCUACAAAAUCAUCCCGUCCACGUCUCCGGUGCGAGAGCCGCUACCGGACCGACUGCCGGUCAGCGAGAUCGACGAGAAGUCGAAAUUCAUCCACCUCUCUACGGCGUUCCAGGUGCCCAACACGCUCAAGUUCUUCUUCAAAGAUGAACCUCUCAUUUACAUUCUUCGGAUCCCUUACUCGCGCAUAGCGCCGCAUAUUCGCUGGGAAUCGCCCGAGGGCAAUGUAUGCGGACCGCGCCCAAAGGAGGGGUUGUUUCCUCACCUAUACAACGAUCUCAAGUUAGGCAAGGAUGAGGUUGAGAGUAUCGGCAUCUGGACGAAUGAAGCGGGAUGGGACAAGGCUCUCUCCCAAGCUAGGCCGUGGCUUUUGUACUGAAGAUACCAUCAAGGAUGGCCUGGUGUUUCCGCUACAUGCUUUGUACAUAUCUUUGAUUACAUCUUUGGGUAGUGUCUACUUCGUGUCAUGUCAUAGGAGCC